CAUUCCCUGCAGCAGGGAAACAGUUGCGGAACCCCAGCAGUGCUCUGGCAAGAACAUCACAUCUUCUACACAUUAAACUUCCUUCCCCCUAUUGUUUGGACAAAGCGUGUGAUAAGUUGGAGGUUUCACUUCUAUGUAAGCCAUUCUGUACAUGAAUUCCCACCGGUGCACAUUGAUUAUGGAUAUUCCCUGUCUCUGGAUUCUCACUGCCUUCUGCAUAAUAAGCGUCUAUCAAGUAAACACGUUCCUUCUGGCUCCAGUCUUACAAUUGGAGGACAAGAUAAUAGAUGAUGAAAGCACUGAGAUCACCUGCACGCUGCCCACCAAUGAAACCUUGGAUGUGAAGUUAAAAAUAUUUGCAAGGGAGAAUUUCUCAGUCUGUGAAAACGACAAGGGACCCCCUCCAAAAACAACAUGUAAAUUGGAUGCCACACGUAAAAUGCAUGGAAUGGAGGUUACAUGUGAAGCUCAUUUUGUAGCCAAGAGUAAGACAGAAAUCAUUUAUGUCCAUACUGAGCCCGAGUUCACGGACUGCCCAGAAAAAGUUACCUGGGUGGAGGGACGCGAGGAGAGUUUUAAGUGCAAAGCUGAGGGCUACCCACCUCCUGAAGUUAAUUGCUAUUUCAACAAAUCCAAGGUGAAAGAGGGAGAGAAGUUCAAAGUAUACAGGAGCAUGACCGGCAGGCAUGAAUGCAAAGCUGUUAAUAGUGUUGACAUGACAUCACAAAAAGUGACAGUGACAGUGGAAUACAAACCUAAAAUAUUAAAAAUGGAAGUUGUGCCCCCUGCUCCAGUGCCUAAAGGAGAAAAAGUCACUCUGACCUGUGCAGCAGAGGGUAACCCUCCUCCAACCUACAUAUGGGAAACUCCAUCUGCAGCAAUCCAGACCUCUCCUGACAACCGUACCAUCACAAUCCAGGGGGUGGAACAGGGGCACUAUGGAACAUAUGACUGCAGAGCUCAGAACAAACAUGGCGAGGAUGUACAGAUAAUGGAUAUCAACCAACCAGUCAUGCCUAAAAUACUAAAAUAUGAAGUCGUACCUCUACCACCCCUGUCUAAGGGUGAAAAUGUGACUCUGAUUUGUGAUGCCAAAGGCCUCCCGUAUCCCACCUACACCUGGGAGACCCCAGCGCCUGACGUAACCUUCUCUCCUGACAACCGUACCAUCAGCAUACAGGGCAUAAUGCAGACUCACCAGGGGAAUUACACCUGCAUAGCUCAGAAUAAAUACGGGAUAGAUACUCAGAGAAUAUUUAUCACUAUAUCAGGAACCAACAGAGGAGAAAAGACAGCUUUUGCCACAAUACUUCUCAUGCUGAUUCCUGCAGGUUUUAUGCAUUGUGUGCAUUAAACGUUUUAUGGAUAGAGUUAGGGUCUCCAAUAUUUCUUACAAAAUCUAAACACCAUUCUAUUGUUUUCACUCAAAAUGUUUGUUUAAGUUAAUUUGCCUUUUUCAAGGCAGUCUUGGUAUUUUCUCAUACUAAUUUCUGUAUAGCUACUCCCAUAUGGGGUGCCGUUUGUCCCAAAUACAUUCUGUAUACAAAACUAUGUUACAUGGAUGUUAUACAUUUCUGAGACACAUUGCUUGUUAAAGUGUACAGAAUGGAGUUUGUAAUAUAAUGACAUCCUUUUGUGCACAAACCAGAUACUGUUCUCAUUCUUUAAUAGAUAUAAGUCUUUGGUAUAUAUUUGUAUCUGUGUAUAUGGUCACAAAUACUUAUGUACCAUGAGAGACAUUCAUUCUCUGUACUAGGGAUAGUCUUGUAUACAGAAUGUAUUUGGGACAAAUGGCACCCCAUACAAACUAGGGUAAGUAAAGGCAGAUUUGCUAGUACAGAAUGUGAUCACAAUCUCUACACAAAAAAUUCUGAAUUUCCCAUUUAAGACAUGGAAAUUCAACUCUUAAAGUUACCAGGCCCUUUGAUAGCUACUGAGAUUGUUGACCGAGGCAAGGUUCUUAAAUUGGAUGAAUUGGCACUGGUAAGAGGUGAGGAAAAAGUGAAAAAAGUAAAGGUAAUUAAAACCACAAUUGGGAAGGGAAAGAUUGUUAGUUAAAGUGGGCAGAAUGGGAAAUGGAGAGCCUAAAGGAAAGGAAUAAACAAAAUGGGCAUUGUGAUGAACUGGAGAAUGGAAACUGGAGCAGUGGGAAAAUGAAGGUGAAAAGAUGGAAAAAUGGAAAGAGAAAAAAAAGCAGGUAUUUGAAGAUUAGAAGGAG